AUGAGCUCAGCAGACGCUGAGCCCUCGCCAACCACAUUUAUUUCAUCAGACCACGAGCUCGAUGUGAGAAAACAUUCUCCUUUACAGCAUAACGUUCAGAAUGGCGUCGACGAUCCACCUCCUUCACCAGGUGCAGAAUCAGUGUCGACUGGAGCAGCUUCCAGCGAUGACGGCGACUCGGAUGAGGACGAAGAUGAAGGCGCUGAGGAGAAUGAACGAGUCGAUGAGAACGGUGCUAUCGUCAUCGACGAUGACGACGACGACGACGAGCGCGGAGGAACCUCCAACGACAUACAGGAGCCCUCCAUAACCAUUAAAGAUGAACCUUCCUCCUCUAACGCUGCUCCUGCGCUGCUUAACGAAUCAAACAAUGCUCCAAAACCCAACUCCGAAACGGUCAAUAAAGCCGAAAACCAUCUGCCUCCGCCAACCUCCACAGCGACUACGAAGCCAAAAUCUAAGGCUAAAGCUAAAGCUCAGUCUCCUUCGCCUCUUCCCAUUGCUCCUCUUCCUCUGCAGACUGUGAGGCUCGCUAUAAAGCUCGGCGGACCGGACAAUUAUACCGUUGAUAUCAGUGGUCUCGCAAAAGAGUCUGGCCAGCGGCCUCUGACUCCCGUGCCAAAGCGGCAAGACGAAUCUAGUGAUAGUGAAAUCGAGAAAGCAAAGGUUGCGGAGGCGAAUCAAUCGGGUUCAGAGAAACCAAAGAAAAAGAAGAAGAAAAAUGUUGCCAGCGAAUAUUAUGACGUUUCAGACCCUUUCAUUGACGACUCUGAGCUUGCUGUUGACGACCGGAAGUUCUUUGCACAAACUAAACAACAGGGUUUCUAUGUUUCCUCAGGAGAAGUUGCUCUAAUGAAGGACCGCUCACCGAAAAAACCAAAAUCAAAAAAGCAUAAUACGGAAGCCGGGCCUUCUUCGCAACAUCCCCGGAUCUCACUCGAAGGAACGAAAGAGUCUCCCAUUGCUCUCAUGGACGAUGAAGAUGACAGCUCUCACAUAUACAACCAUCAGAGUUUGGAAAAUGGUCACGCCAAAGCGGGCGGAGAUCGCAAGAAGAAAAACUUACAUGCAGCGGGCGCUACCCAUAGUCGCUCACCUUCUGCCGCACAAUACGGAACAGGCCUAAAUGCUCCUCUGACAGGGAACUUGGCAGUAAUGCGUAAACUUAAUUGGAUUGAUCCAGAUCCAAAUCAUGGACAUGCAGAUGGAGAUAACGAAGGUUAUGGAGAUGGAGGGGAAAAGGUUGGGAUGAAGAGGAAAAGGGUUUCGUAUACGACGGUGGUGGAGAAUGGAAAGAAGAGGAAAAUUGUGGACAUUGCAUCGUUCGACCCCGCGCUGCAGGCAAAUCUUCAGCGACUUAAAGAAGCUAUCGCUGCCGAAAAUUGGGAUCAAAAGGGAAAAUUCCCUCCUUCCAUUAAGCCCCUACUCGCACAAAUUGCCAUUCACGCCAUCACCCUCGACGAGUAUGAUGACCACUUCUUCAAUCUCAUGCCAAGCUUAUUUCCGUAUAAUAAGUUUACGAUGAGCAAACUCAUCAAACGAACGGUAUUUGCAGACCACCUCAAGCUUCUGGUUGAACGCCAAGACGCUCUUUUGACUGAGUUAAAACGACAGGCGGAUGAAGGCUUUGCAAAAGCGGAAGAUGAAUGGGAAAAGAGUGUUGUUGCAUGGGAUCACCGCCAAAAGCGACUCAAGGCAGACCACCGUGAAGAUUCAGGUUCCACCGGUGCCCCGACGAGACAUCCGACUGAGGAUCCAGAAAAUCACGGGGACGGGUUUGACGAGGACAACAACCCAUUGCAUCCGCAACUAAUGAGCGGCACUGGUGAUCCUGGAUCAGCAGCACAGAAGCCACAAACAGAGAAGGAUGUGCAGCCUCCGGCAAAGAAGUAUCGCUUGACAGAAAACAUGAAGGCGAUCGUUUGGGAGCUAGUGCUAUUGAGCAAUGAGUGUUGCCGGUUGGAAAAUGAGAAGAACACACUUGAAGGUUCCGUGAUGCAAGUCAGUGAACAAGGACUUCGAAAAAUGUUAUAUCAGAAAAUUGUAAGUUCGUUUCCUCCAGGAUGGAUGUCUUCUGGACAGAUCUCUCGAGAUGUGAGCGCUAUGAAGAAGAGACUCGAGAAGGAACUUGCGGAGGAGCAGGAGAUGGAUGGCACACCAGCGUAA